AAUAGAAUUGGAAACGAGUAUAAAGCUUUCUUGAAAAAUAAUUCAUAUAUUCACCAGUUAUUUUUAGAUUCCAAUUAAUAACAGUUUUGAUCGAUGGAUAAAUCAUGGAUAAACAAACCACGUUUGUCUCAAGAUUACAUAUUGGGGGUGAAAAAUUUCAUGGAUUUUGCAUUUGGUAAAUUAAAGGUAUACGUUCUGAAAUGUCCAUGUAACCGUUGUUGUCUCCUCAAACUUAAGUCAAGAGAAGAUAUCGACGGUGAUUUGAUGUGUUAUGGCUUUUUAAGUUCUUACACAAAUUGGGUACUACAUGGAGAGGAUAUAUGUGUCACGGGUAAUACAAGAGUACCUUCUGAUAUUGCUUCGGUGGAAUUAGAUUCAACUAGGACUCUCUUGGAUGAUCUUUUUCCUGAUAUUAGUACGAACAAUGAUGGUGGAUAUGAAGCUGGAUCAUCUGAGAACCCGAUGGACACUGAUAGACCAUCAACUGCAAGUGGAAGUUGUGAAAAAGGAGAAGGUUUUGAUGAGUUGCUUGCUGAUUAUAAUCAAGAGCUAUAUACAGGAUGCACUAAGUUCACGAAGUUGUCCUUUAUAUUGAAGUUGUACCAUAUCAAAUGUAUGUGUGGGAUUAGCGACAAGGGGAUAUCUAUGAUGCAAAAAGAGAAAUCUGCAAAGUUUGUGAAGCUUCUCGUUGGAAAGAAAAUAUUUCAGAUCAUGGAGUUUAUGGAUUCAGAAACACAAGCACCAGAUGAUUUACCACAUUUGGAAACAAAUUACAAUAAUCCUCCCGCACUUGCUCCAGAAUGUAAAAGCUUCAAAUGGAAAAUUGAAGUGAUAGAUGUCGAUGGAAACAUAGAAGGCAAAAUGAUGACAUCUAAAGAUGUCUGGAAAAUGCAAAACCACCAAGUUAUUGUGCAUUUCGAUGAAGAUACCGGUCAGCCAAUUGGUGAUUCUGGAGGUUUACUUGGAUCAUGGUUGGGGCAAUUAAGCAAUGAUGUCCAUUUGCUACCCAUCAACUACACCGAUUGGAGGUUGGUUAGUCCUCACAUAAAAACAAGAGCAUGGAAAGUAAUUCAGUCCAAAUUCAGAUUUGAUGAUCCGAUGAUGAGAAAAGAAUAUGUGAUGGGUGCAUUAGGUAGCAGAUGCAAGGAUGUCAAACAACGUGUUUGGAACGAUUACAAAAAAAGUAAUCUGAAUGAAACGUUGCAGAAUCGACCCGACAAAAUUCCUGAAGAUCAAUGGUCUCAUUUGGUUCACAUGAGAUUCACCGAAAAGUGGAAGAAAACCAAGAUUGGAAAAACGCCAUGUCGAGCGGAGUUUUUCAUUGAGACUCGCAAGAAACAGGAUGGAAGCUUUGUAUGUGAUGAGGCAAAAAUACGCGCGGAAGCACUUACGACGUUGUUGAGUCAAAAUCCGCAAGUCACAAACAAUAUUACAGCUAGCUUGGAUGAUGAAUAUAGUCAGGUGUUCGGUCCAGAGCGUCCAGGACGAGUACGUUGUGUAGGUCGUGGGCCCACACCUUCAAGAUUAGUGAAACAUUCAAGUGCACCUAGAAGACAAGAGACAGAAAAUUCUGAAUUGGUCGUCCAGCUGAAGGCACAAGUGAAGGCAUUAGGUGAUCAAGUUAAUGGAAUGUCUAAGUUCUUCCAACAAAUACUUGGUACUUCAACUCGUGAACAGGCAAGUGCAUGGGCUAUAAAUUUUGCAGCGGCUUUUGCGAACAUACCAAAUCCACCAUUUGUAAACAUUCCAAAUCCGCCUAAUCCUCAGGAAAAGGAUAAUGGUGCCAGUGGAUAAACGUUUAAGCGCUUAAGAGUUAUAAAUGCUAGUUAUGAUC